AUGCCAUUGUUACUUGCUGCAGGUGCUGCUGGUUUAGCUGCCUAUGCAAUAGCUAAACAUAAGGAACGUCGUAAAUCAGAAAAUGAAUUCAUGGCAUAUGACAAUAAUGAACACGGUCCACCACAACAUGGUAAUUUAUAUUAUGGUAAUAUAGCCCCAUAUUAUCAACCUCCAUCUUAUUAUAAUUAUCACAAUGGUUUUUACUAUAAUACAAGACUACAUUAA